UCGGUUUUGUAGUGUUUGCUCUGGGGGUGGAAUAAACUCUCUCCUUCCUGCUCAGGAGGGGUUAAAGGUUUAUGGGUCAAGGCCAGCUCUGGUUUCUGCAGAAUUGAAGCUGCUCUCUGUGGGGCAGGAUCCGAGCAUGUGGGGGUUCUAAAGCUGCUCCUCUGCCUGGGGCUGGAGGACAGCAGUCCCUGUUUCAUCCUGCAGUGCUGAACACGCCAGGGCUCUCCAGCUGCUGCCUCCACACCUCCAGAUACUGGCUCAGGAGGGCAGGUGGUGACACCUGGGGGAUCUCCAGGCAGGAAUAAACAUGUCAGGCUUGGAGCUGGGGAGGCCAAGGAAUGGUGCAGCUGUCCUUGGGUCACUCCUCGCUGCUGCUCUCGUUGCCACUGUCCAGGGAGUUCCUUGCCCGAGUCCCCCCAUCCCAAAUGGACAGCCCUUGUUCCCAUGGGACGUGAAGGAGGUUUAUGAGACCGGAUACGUUCUGGACAUGAUGUGCAGCCAAGGGUUUGUUUUCAAAGGCCAUAGCAGCACAGUUGCCAUCCUGUGUGGCAGCGAUGGCAGAUGGAAACCAGCACUGCCAGAGUGCAUUCCAGAACCACGUUGCCCAAAGCCAGAUGUCCCUCACGGGAAAGAGGUUGAUGAAAGCAGGGGUGACUACAGAGUGGGGAGCCAGGUGAGGAUGGAGUGUGAGGAAGGCUUUGCCCUCCUGGGCCCGGAGUUAAUCACCUGUGGGGAUGACCUGAGCUGGAAGCCCAAUCUGCCCUUUUGUGACAAAGUCUGUGGGCCCCCUCCACAAAUCCCCUUUGGGUGGCACUCGGAGAGCCGUGAUGGAGGCUUCCCUUAUGGCAGCCAGGUGAGGUACAGGUGUGCAGAGGGGCUGUCCCUGGUCGGGAGCGAGUCCCUGUUCUGCACCUCCCAGGAUGGGGAGAACCUGACCUGGAGCGGGGCUGCCCCAGAGUGCAGGGCGGUUCGCUGUCCCCAGCCCGUGCUGCAGGGGGGCAGGGUGACCCCCCAGACCUUCACCUUUCCCUACGGGCUGCUGCUGCACUUCUCCUGUGAGCAAGGCUUCGGGCUGCAGGGCGCUGCCCAGAGCCAGUGCCAGGCUGAUGGCACCUGGCACCCGCCCCUGCCCACCUGCCAGCCAGUCCGGUGCCCCCAGCUGCCCAGGCAGGAGGACGUUGUGGUUCACUUCAACAAGCUGUGGUACCAGGUGAAUGAAACCGUGUCCUUCUCCUGCAAGCGGCCUGGGUAUCCAGGGACACCUUCCAAAUCCACCUGCUCAGCUGAUGGCACCUGGACACCACCACCCAAGUGUAGGAAGCCUGAGGUGUGUGAGAGGGUUCUUCAAAUCAGAGCAGCUUUCCAGUGUGAAAUUCCUCUAUCAGAUAUGAAAACACUGCUGGAAAUCCAGAAACUCUACCUGGAGAUCCAGAAACUUGAGAAGGAGCUAAAAACGAGCACCUAAAGCUGGCUGUUGGCACUGGGGUUGUAAGAACCAUCCUCUGUGGGGUGGGUUGUGAUGCUGACUGAGGAUUUUUUAUGACUUUGUAAUUCAUGCUAAUGCUGAAGGACAAAAUUGAAGGAUUGGUCACAUGAGGAGCCAAUGACUUGUGAGUGAAUUUUCAUUUUGUAGAUCACUUUAUGCCUUUUGCAGCUUCACAUUUAGAUCUGUUUGCUACACUGGCAGCUGAGUGGAAAGUGAAUUUUGGCGGCACAAACAGGCAUGAACGUGGUGAGAGCCCCUCACCUCCAGCUGCUGCACCUCUCCAGUCUAUCCCAGUGCUGCCCAGUUCACCCACGCUGCACUCAUUAGUGGGAACAUCCCCUUCACUGCCUUGUUGCUUUUCUCAUGGCCAAGAAAACCUCAAAGCCUCUGUCCUAGCAAAGCAAAAAUGCCAGGUUUCCUUCCCAAGCAGGCUGGAUGGAUCCAUGGCAGGGCCACAUCUCUGUGUGUGGCCCAAGGACAAAUCACUGUACAGAAAAUAAUGGCUGGGGUUUAAUUAUUUUGUUUUUUUCUGCAACAUUCAGUGACGGGGAAGCGCUGUGCAGGCCACAACCAGAGUUUAUAAUAAACCUGCAAUUGUAAUAACA